CAGACAUAAAUACAUUUGAUUGAUAAACCGAAUUGCUUUGAUUGCUUUCGCACAUAAAUAUUUCCUACUACUAAGCUGUCAUUUUCAAUCAUCACUGCAUAUGUAUGUUGUUGUAAUAAAACAUUUCCCUGAAGAGUUUCUGUAUAUUACAUACCGUUUCAAUCACUUUGUAAUUGGCACUAAACAUGUCUGAAUCUCUCAAAUGUGAGGAAAUUCGUAGUAUUCUGAGAUUCUUUUUAUAGUCUGAGGAAAUAUGAGGGGAUGUAAUGACUAACUAGAGGUCAGUGGAAACUUGUGGCAUUUUAAUCGCACUUUUCCCAUAGUAAAUCUCCAAAAUUUCUAAUAUGACUUUCCUGAAUUUGACGAAAUUCUCCUCAAAUUUGGAUAAUUGGGAUGAUACGAUGAAAACAAAUUAAGCUUGCUGUUUUCAAAAUGGUCGAUAUUCAGCCUAAUCCUUAAACUUUGUAUACAGUUCGUCCUGAUAAUCGUCAUUAGAAAAUCCCCCCAAUGGUGUAUUAAUCAGAAGGUGAAUACGAAGCAAGCAUGAAAGAGUAAUGCCGAAAAUCUAGAGAGCAAGCGAAAUAAUGAACAGGAUCAAAAUGUACAUAUAUAUACAUAGUUAAAUGAAUGAAUCAUUGAAUCAUUUAAGCGACUAAUAGUAAGGCUAGCAGUAUGAACAUUGGCGUAGUCAGUAAACAAUGCUUAAGUAUACAUAUUCAUAUAAGUGCAACAAUAAUAAAGGUACAAUCAUCUAAGAUAAGUUGUUAUUGUACGAAUGAUUCUAUCCGUUAAAUAAGCUAACAAAAUGGCUUAACCAAAUGAAAUGUAAACAAAGUGAAUUGCAUGUGAACAAACUACUAUACAUUAUAGCUUGAUAAUUUUUUUUUAAUUUUCGAAAUAUGUAUAUCAGUCCCACCCCCCCUUUUUUUACACAUCAAAUUACAAUCCACUUAUCAACCAUAAAUCAAUAAUCCAAUCAUAAUGAAAUAAUCAAUAAUAACCCGGGAUAUCAGUUCAUUUAUUUUAGUUUUUAAAACGAAACAAAAAAUAUAUGUAUCAGUUUAUUUAAACACAAUUUACUAAUAUUGCGGUAAUAUAAAAAUGAGAAUUUAGUAGUUGAGAUGAUAGAACUUGAUUAAGAAAAUGAAUCAACAAGAAACAACUACAAAAAUCAGUGUUGAUAAAGAAUAUAGAAAGUAUGAUUAUUCAAAGAACUUUGACAAGACAUUGACAGAAGAAGAAGAAGAAGAUUCGACGAAUUGUUCGUCAAAGUUACUUGAACAUCAAUCUCAAUUAGAGAGUCGUCUACUCACUUGUGAAGAUCUGAUUAAUUUAGACAAAAUUGAACCUCGUUGGAGAUAUAUUCGAAUAGGAUUAUUAAUUGGAUUUGGGAUUAUAUUUUUUGGUCUUUUAGCAGCAUGUAUUGUUUACAUCAUUUUUGAACAAAAAUGCCCAUCUGUGCCCAAAUUACCAUUUUGGAAAUCAACAGUUGGUUACUGGUUAGAUGUGUUUGCAUUUAAAGACUCUUCUGGCGAUUUAGUCGGAGAUCUAAACGGUAAUGAGUAUUAGUGUAAAACCUCUAUCACUCAAAUGAUGAUUUUAUCCUUAUAGGUCUCACAUCUGAAGUAGAUUACAUCAAAACUGUAGUCGGUGCAGGAUAUGUGAUAUUAGGUCCCAUUACUAAAGGAUUUUACACUAAUUCAUACAAUAUGCUCGGAUUAGUGGAAGAUUACGAGCAGUUAGAUGAGGCAGUCGGUACAAUGGCUGAUUUUCGUAUUCUUUUAAAACAAUUUCAUAAAAAGGAUAUAAAAGUUAUCUUGACAUUCGAUUUCAAUGCGAUAUCCAUCAGUCAUAAAUGGAUCAUACAGAACAAAGUCAAACUGACGUUGUUUGAUGAUGACUUUAAGAACAAGAAGUCACGAUAUGGAAAUCGAUUGGACGUGAAUAUUAGUCAUCAAAAAUACUAUUCAGUUUUUGAAUAUCCAAGCAUAGAUCUAGAUUUAACUUCUGCCAAAACUCAGAAAGCAAUAUUUGAUGUGAUCCAAUUUUGGAUGAAAGAAGGAAUAGAUGGAAUUCUCCUGGAUAAUGCUGCAUUUUUUGUUGAAGAAGAAGAAGAAGGAACACAAAGCAACCUCAGUUCAACAUGGUUGGAAAACUGUCCUAAUUCUCAAUUAUAUAGAAAUGGAAGUGUGAAAUUUGUUGAAGGUGUAAGAGAAGAAAUGAACAAGUGGAUUAAGGAAAGUGGAAAAGAAAAAUUAUUGGCUGUGAACUCUGGUGAUACAGGUUGUGGUGUGGGCGAUAAUCCAGAUCCAAUGUUAAUGUUCCGAGAUGUGGCUGAUUUAAUAAUCAGUCGUGAAUUUGUAUGGGGGAGAGGUGAAAAAGAACGUGAAUUAACAUUUAACCAAACAGCUCUACAAAAAUAUCUCACAUAUACAGAUUCCGACAAAGAGAUACUUGGUUUGACCACUAGCACUGUUCAUAUUCCGCCAUAUGGAGAUACGCUUCAGCUUGCGACAACAUUGUUAUUGCCAGGACAACCAGUAAUUUAUUAUGGAACUGAGAUUGAUGUAAACAGAGUCACUUCACAAUAUCUUCCUGUAAGUAUUUAUCCGAAAGGAAAGAGUUAUAAUGAUGAACCAUUUGAUAAAUAUUCGUCUGUGUUAUCUCAUAUGCCAAUGCCAUGGGAUUUUAAUGGGAAGAGGUUUUCGGCGACAAUAAAUGAUUCGAGAUUUCGUGACUAUCUCAAUGAUUAUAAUAACAAAAAAGUUGUUGAAAGUGAACUUGCUGAAGGAAAUGACAAAUCCGUUCUUCGUCUUGUACAAAAAUUAGUAGCUUUACGUCAAAAUCCUAGUAUAAAAUGGGGAACAAUGGAGCAAAUAAAUAUUGAUCAAGAAUCUGUAAGUCAUGCUGAAGCAUUUGCACGAAAGGCGAAAGGUUUUCCAACAUUCAUUGUGGUAUUAGUAAAGUAUUUCAAGGAGGAUUAUUUUUUAGAUUUAACUUCUGUUUGUUCAUCAAUUACACCAAGGGUAAUUUAUCCUUCACAUCCACAAUUAUCAGUUGACAAUGCAUUAUCAACUUCAAAAAUAUUCAUCCCCAAACUGAUAUAUUCUAGUUACAUUUUAGUAUUUGAAUGUAAUUAAUUAUAUUUCCAUAUAAUAGAUUUCUCUCACAUCUGAUCUGAACUUAUUGUUUGCACUUUCAUUCAUUUGCUUCAUGUUUGGUUUUCUGCACUUAGCACGUAAACAGAAUUUAUCAGUAUGGGGACUUGUGGAGGUUGUAGUAUUUUCGCUGUUGAAAUCACAAGUCAAUUUAAGUUAAACCACCAUUGAAAACCUAGAAGUACUGGUGUUUAGCUUCAAGAUGUAACUCCUGGUGUUUUAGUGAUGAACUUUGACCAAUGAAAUGGAAUCGGUGUCUAGUGUGACACAAUUAUUCACCUCAGGCAGUGGAUACACAAACGGGGAGACGAACUAGACUAUUCAUCCAUACUUUUUGAAAUCACUAUCGGGUGGUUGGAAAACGUAAAGCGUAAUUUUGCUUCAGUUAAUGUAUUUCUCAAAGCUUUUGAAUACGCUGAAUUACUACUUCACUGGCUACAUCACCUUUAAACUUUAACUUCAGGAAUACAGGCUUUUUCAAUACCGUCGGUGAUUUGACUUCGGGUUUUGUUCCAGGCAUAUGUUUCGUUAGGAACUUUGAUCGUUACCCAUGUUCACAUAUUAAAAUCACGAAUUAAAAAUUAUCUGUUACAUUGUGCUA